AUGGCGACGACGUUGGUGAGCUCUGCCGGUGGUAUGUUGGCGAUGCUCAACGAGUCUCAUCUCUCGCUCAAGCUUCACGCUCUCUCUAACCUCAACAAUUUGGUCGACAGCUUCUGGCCAGAGAUCUCCACCAGUGUUCCCCUCAUAGAGAGUUUGUAUGAAGAUGAGGAGUUUGAUCAGCACCAAAGGCAACUUGCUGCACUACUUGUAUCUAAGGUCUUUUAUUACUUGGGGGAGCUGAAUGACUCACUAUCCUAUGCCCUUGGAGCUGGUCCUCUGUUUGAUGUUUCAGAGGAUUCUGACUAUGUCCACACUCUUCUAGCUAAAGCUAUAGAUGAAUAUGCUAGUCUCAAGUGUAAGGCAGCGGAGUCAAGUGAUGAAUCUAUCAAAGUGGACCCAAGGCUUGAAGCAAUUGUGGAGAGAUUGUUGGAUAAGUGUAUAGUGGACGGAAAAUACCAACAAGCUAUGGGAACUGCCAUUGAAUGCAGGAGAUUGGAUAAACUUGAGGAAGCAAUUACAAAGAGUGACAAUGUUCAAGGAACUCUAUCAUACUGCAUUCACGUCUCUCAUUCCUUUGUGAGCCUUAGAGAAUACAGACAAGAGGUUCUCCGUCUCCUUGUUAAAGUAUUUCAAAAGCUUCCUUCACCAGAUUAUCUGAGCAUUUGUCAGUGUCUUAUGUUCUUGAAUGUGCCGGAGGGUGUUGCGAGCAUUUUGGAAAAACUUCUACGUUCUGAAAAUAAAGACGAUUCUCUUUUGGCAUUUCAAAUAGCUUUUGAUUUGGUUGAGAACGAGCAUCAAGCUUUUCUUCUAAAUGUUAGAGAUCGCCUUGCAUUGCCAAAGUCUCAACCUUCAGAACCUGUAGAGCCAAAACCCAGUGAUGCAGAUUCUACUCAGAAUGCUGGUGUCAAUGGAGCAGAUGAUGUUCCAAUGGUCGAUGGUGAAUCGGCUUCUGCUGUCAGUGUGCCUGAGGAUCCUAGUGAGAAGUUGUAUGCUGAGAGAUUAAGCAAAAUAAAGGGAAUUUUGUCUGGGGAAACUUCAAUACAGCUGACUCUGCAGUUCCUUUACAGUCAUAACAAAUCUGACCUCCUUAUUCUGAAGACCAUAAAGCAGUCUGUUGAGAUGAGAAAUAGUGUCUGCCACAGUGCUACCAUCUAUGCCAAUGCGAUAAUGCAUGCUGGAACAACUGUGGAUACUUUCCUGCGGGAAAAUUUGGAUUGGUUGAGCAGAGCUACAAAUUGGGCCAAAUUUAGUGCAACUGCUGGACUUGGUGUUAUCCAUAGAGGUCAUUUACAGCAGGGAAGAUCACUGAUGGCACCUUACUUGCCUCAGGGUGGGACAGGUGGUGGUGGUAGUCCAUACUCAGAAGGUGGUGCUCUGUAUGCCCUUGGUCUGAUUCAUGCCAAUCAUGGAGAGGGUAUCAAACAAUUUCUCCGCGAUAGCUUGCGCAGUACUACUGUUGAGGUCAUUCAACAUGGUGCAUGUCUGGGUCUUGGAUUAGCAUCCCUAGGAACCGCUGACGAGGAUAUUUAUGAAGAAAUAAAAAAUGUUCUCUAUACUGAUAGUGCUGUUGCUGGCGAAGCUGCUGGAAUCAGUAUGGGCUUACUCAUGGUUGGAACAGGCAGUGAUAAGGCAAAUGAAAUGCUCACUUAUGCACACGAGACACAACAUGAAAAGAUUAUAAGAGGGUUAGCGCUGGGAAUUGCUCUUACGGUUUAUGGAAGAGAAGAAGAAGCUGACACUUUAAUUGAGCAGAUGACUCGGGAUCAGGAUCCAAUAUUACGUUAUGGUGGCAUGUAUGCACUGGCUUUGGCCUAUAGUGGAACAGCAAACAAUAAGGCCAUUCGUCAAUUACUGCACUUUGCCGUGUCUGAUGUGAGUGAUGAUGUUAGGAGGACUGCGGUUCUAGCAUUAGGAUUUGUAUUGUACUCUGAUCCAGAGCAGACUCCACGAAUUGUUUCUCUCCUAUCAGAAUCCUACAACCCACAUGUUCGUUAUGGAGCAGCUCUUGCUGUGGGUAUUUCCUGUGCUGGUACAGGUCUCAGUGAAGCCAUAUCUUUGCUGGAGCCUUUGACAUCGGAUGUCGUUGAUUUUGUUCGUCAGGGUGCCCUCAUAGCAAUGGCUAUGGUCAUGGUUCAGAUUAGUGAAGCUAGUGAUUCACGAGUUGGAACGUUCAGGCGACAAUUAGAGAAAAUUAUCCUGGACAAGCAUGAGGAUACCAUGAGCAAGAUGGGGGCAAUUUUGGCCUCUGGAAUACUUGAUGCUGGUGGAAGAAAUGUGACCAUAAGACUACUUUCUAAGACAAAGCAUGAUAAAAUUACUGCAGUGGUUGGUCUUGCAGUUUUCAGUCAAUUUUGGUAUUGGUACCCUCUUAUCUAUUUCAUUAGCUUGGCUUUUUCACCAACGGCUCUUAUCGGCCUCAACUAUGAUCUGAAAUCUCCUAAGUUUGAGUUCUUGUCACAUGCAAAGCCUUCGCUUUUUGAAUACCCUAAGCCUACUACUGUUCCCACCACUACAUCAACUGUUAAACUUCCAACAGCUGUUUUGUCGACAUCAGCUAAAGCCAAAGCUAGGGCAAGUAAGAAAGCUGAAGAACAGAAGGCUAGUGCUGAAGUUGCAUCUGGUCCUGACUCUACAUCAGCUUCAAGUGCUGGAAAAGGGAAGUCUUCAAGUGAGAAGGAUGGAGAAGCCAUGCAGGUUGAUAGCCCAGCGGAAAAGAAAUCUGAGCCCGAGCCUUCUUUCGAGAUUCUAACAAAUCCAGCGAGAGUGGUUCCUGCUCAGGAGAAGUUCGUUAAAUUUUUGCAGGACAGCAGAUAUGUUCCAGUUAAGUUGGCACCUUCGGGAUUUGUACUUCUAAAAGACUUGCGUCCUACUGAGCCUGAAAUCCUCGCCAUCACUGACACACCUGCAUCUACCACAUCAACUGCUGGUGCAUCAGGAACAGGAUUGCAGAGUUCUUCAUCAGCAAUGGCUGUGGAUGAGGAACCUCAACCUCCUCAACCCUUUGAGUACACCUCAUAA